AUGUCUUUUCUCGGGCUGGCCCUCCUAGUGGCUACGAGCUGUCUCAUUAUCAGAUCUAUUUACCGCCUGUAUCUUCACCCUCUUCGAAGAAUCCCAGGCCCUAGACUCGCCGCUAUCACCCAUUUAUAUGAGUUUUACUACGAUGUCCUCUGCCGGGGGAGAUUUAUUUGGGAAAUUGAGAGACUACACAAGCAAUACGGUGGGCCUUCUUUUUUACUACUUACAUCCUUCAUCCUGCGCCCUAUCAUACGGAUCAAUCCACGAGAGGUCCACGUUAUUGAUCCCUCAUUCUAUGACGAGAUCUACGCUCGAAAUUGCCGACCACGGGACAAGGACGCUAAGUUUGUCCCUACAUUCGGCCUGCCCUUCUCCCUGCUGAGUACAAUUGGACACAGACAGCAUCGUUUCCGUCGUUCAAUUCUGUCUAGCUUCUUUUCAAAGCGUUCUGUGAUGGAUAUCGGGUUUCUUAUUGAGGAGAAAACCCGAAAACUCAUGCAACGUUUGGAAGAGUUUUAUGAGAAUCAGCAGGUUGUACAACUAGACUCUGCCUUUGUUGCGCUGACUUCCGAUAUUAUCACGUCAUACUGCUACGGUGAAUCCGGUGAUUUCCUUGAUGAUUCGAGUUUUCGUAGCGAUAUUCGUGAUUCGGUUAUCGAUGCAACCUCCAUUUGCCACUUUGUUCGAUUCUUUCCAUUUGUGAUUUCUAUGAUUACGGCAGUCCCAACUAGUGUCAUGAGGAUUAUCAUGCCAGGAAAGGCAGGGUUGCUUGACUUUCAGCAGUCUAUCGCCGAAAAGGCCUCGCAAACACUGAAGGGAAGCAGAUCAUCUAUUGCUGGGCACGAAACCAUAUACGACAAAUUGGUUCAGCCCAGUAUCCCGGCUGAGGAGCGAAGUAUCCAACGCAUCCAGGAUGAGAGCUCGCUUGUUCUCGCCGCAGGUACAGAAACCACCAGCCGCAUUAUUACGAUUGCCAUGUUCUAUCUCAGCACAAACAAACCAAUGCUAGACACUUUGCGAGCGGAACUCAAGCGAGUCCUUCCAACACCCACGAGCUCGACUACCUGGGUUCAGCUGGAGAAACUUCCAUACCUGACUGGUGUUAUUCGUGAAUCCUUACGCUUAGGGCAUGGCAUUACUUGUCGUCUUCCCCGUGUAGCUCCGGACGAAGUUUUGAAGUACGGGGCCUUCGAGAUUCAAUCCGGAACACCUAUGAGCACCUCUACUGUGCUUCUUCAUCGCAACGCGGAUAUCUUCCCAGAUCCUGACAAGUUUGACCCUAACAGGUGGAUCAAUAAAGGCGAGAUAGACAAUACCCUCGCGCGGUAUAUCGUGUCCUUUACUAGAGGAAGUCGUAUAUGCUUAGGAUUAAACCUCGCAUAUAGCGAGCUAUAUACGGUCAUUGCAUACAUUGCCCGGCGAUUCAGCUUCGAAAUGUACAAUACCACUCUCGAAGAUGUGACUGUCACCCGGGACAUGAUGGUUGGCUAUACUUCAAGGGGGGAUCUGCAAGUCUAUGCCAAAGUGACAAAUUUGAUCCAGGAGUAA